CCGGGGCCGGCAGCGGCGAGACCCCGGAGGCGCGCGGGCUGCGGGGCAGGGAGGGCGGCCGGGAGGGCAGCGGCCCCGGCCCGCGUCUGCGCCCCUCGCUGUCCCGCGACCCCGGCGCCGGUGCCUGGGGCCCCCCUUGCGUGCCGCCAUGGUGGGCCGGCUGAGCCUGCAGGAUGUGCCCGAGCUCGUGGACGCGAAGAAGAAGGGCGACGGCGCCCUGGACAGCCCGGACUCGGGGCUGCCCCCCAGCCCCAGCCCCAGCCACUGGGGGCUCGCGGCGGCCGGGGGCGGCGGAGGCGGCGGGGAGCGCGCGCCGGCACCGGGGGCGCUGGAGCCGGACGCGGCGGCGACCCCCGCGGCUCAGAGUCCAGCGUCUCUCCCCCUGACUCCCGGCUGUGUGCUGAGGCUGUGUCCCCUGUCCUUUGGCGAAGGAGUGGAGUUUGACCCUUUACCACCAAAGGAAGUAAGGUAAAUACGGCAGGCCCCAAUUUUAUUCUUUUUUUUUUUUUUUUAACAAUUUUUAUUUUUUAUUCCAGAUAUUAAUGCUUGUUGUUAUAAAAAAUUAGUUAAUUGCAAAAAUGUGACAAAGAUGAUUAAUAGUUUGGUGGGUCCUCUUUCUGCUUCUGCAUUCUAACCCAUUAAAUAUAUAGGCAUGCCUUUAACAUUAAAAUGAAAAUGAGAUCGUGAUUUGUAUAAAGUUCUGCAUUUUCUUUUUGCACUUCAUGAAUCACGGCCGUCAGAGGGUUACAAUUUUGUCAAAUAUUAAUUCUUCUUUCCAGAGGCUGCUGCCCCCUACUCCCUUACCUUCCAACCCCCUCUCUGAGGUCUUUUAACCUUGUCUCAUAGUAUAAUUUCACUAGCCAAGCACUGGUCUUCCUCUGGGGAUUAUCUCAUCCAGCAUUAUCUGGGGGCAGAGAUGCACUGACAGACUCAGGUAAAGAUAGGUCUUUUUAGAGAAAGGAGUUUUACUUUUGGUACCUGGUGGUUUGAGAGCUGGAGUUUCCGCUGCAUCAACACAAAGGCCCCUUUGACAUGGAACAAAGGCGAGGUUCAUCAGUUGGGAGGUGAGCAGUUCAGCCUUUUGUUCCUGUGGAGCUUGUAUUUUGAGCAAAAUGGGGCCAUGACUCCCACCAGCCUCUUAACUGCUUGCCUAAGGAGGAGAGACGAGAUUUCCAUUCCACUCACAGAAAAGAAUACUGAUUCUACUCACCUGACCAGUGGGUAGGGCUGGUUGGAGGCAGUGCUGUUAGACGUGUCUGUAUGUGACGCUCAUACACUUUUCAGUAUCUACAAAGCUAUAAGAAUUCGGUAAAAUGCAUUAAAGCUUUUGCUUCUGUAAGAAAACUAACUUCUGGGCCAGGCACAGUGGCUCACGCCUAGAAUCCGGCAUUCUGGGGGACUGAAGCAGGAGGAUGGCUGGAGCCCAGGAGUUCGAGACCAGCCCGGGCAACAACAGUGAAACCCCGUCUCUACAAAAAAUACAAAACUCACCUGGGAAUGGUGGUGCAUGCCUGUGGUCCCAGCGACUCAGGAGGCUGAGGUGGGAGGAUCGCUUGGGCCUGGGUGGAGGCUGCAGUGAGCUGGGAUCACACCCCUGUACCACUCCAGACUGAGCGACAAAGUGAGACUCCACCUCCCAAAAAAAAAAAAAAAAAAAUAGAAAAGAGAAGAAAA